AUGGCGUCAGCAAACGAAGCACACGUUGAGGUUGAGGGCAUCAACUACUACACCGAGUUCAGCCUCCCGGAUUCUCAGGAUAAGAACGCACCAUGCAUACUUCUAGUCCAUGCCUUGAUGUCUAACUUGCACAUGUGGGAUGCAACAGUGAAGUAUCUGCACUCCGCCGGUUACAGCACGCUCCGAUUUGAUCAUGUCGGCCACCACAACACUCCCCCACCACCACAGAGUAAGACCACCGAGCGGAGAAUGUCUGUGAGUGGACAGCUGGCGUACCACAUGGACGACAUCACCCGCCACAUGCAUCAGCUGGUCAAGGAACGGACAGGUCAGACCCAAGUCGCGGCUGUAAUCGGAUGCUCUAUUGGUGGCGUGCUGGCCCUGCGGUAUGGGAUGAUGUUCCCCAGGAACGUCGAUCAAAUCAUAUCCGUUGCUGCUCCAGGGAUCAAAGCACCGGAAGACAAGAAACCGCUGUGGUCCCAACGAAUCAAGCAGUUCGAGGAGGACCAGAAGAACGGCACUGACACGCUCUGCCAAGCUACGGUCGAUCGCUGGUUCCCAGGCGGGCCUGAAGACGACGGCGUGCGAGCAGAGGCGCUGAAGCAUGUCAAGACUUGCUCGUUGGAAGGCUACAAGCUGCUUGCUGACACCAUUCGCAACUAUGACUACACGGAUGCAAUGCACACGUACCCGAUUGAGGGCUGUCUGAUCGUCGGUGGGACAGAGGAUACAGCGAUUUCGUUCGAAGCGCUGGAGUUCAUCACGGGCUACAUCCAGGGCUCGAAGCUGGUGAAGAUGGAGGGGGCUGGGCAUCUGCCGCCGAUGCAGAAGCCUGAGGAGUUUAACAAGCUGAUCAUGGGUUUCUUAGAGAGGUAG